CUGUUCACUUUUCUUCAAAUCUCAUCAAAAUAAAUUUCGCCUGCAUUUUAAUUUGUUUUUCUGUGGCUGCUAUCUGAAAUUAAUUUUAACUUUAUAAAAAAAAUUGCAAACAUGUCUGGCUUACGACAAACAGCUUUGACUUGUAGUGGCCAUACAAGACCUGUAGUUGAUCUCGCUUUUAGUUCUAUUACUUCAGCUGGAUAUUUUUUAAUAUCUGCGUGUAAAGAUGGCAAACCAAUGCUUCGACAUGGAGAUACUGGUGACUGGAUUGGAACAUUUACUGGACAUAAAGGUGCUGUUUGGGGAGUAGCUUUAAACAAAGAUGCUUCUAAAGCAGCAUCUGGAUCUGCUGACUUUGAAGCCAAGCUUUGGGAUGCCAUCACUGGUGAAGAACUGCAUACUUUCCCUCAUCCUCAUAUUGUAAAAAGUGUUGAUUUCAAUUCUGAUGAUUCCAAACUUCUCACAGCAUCCAACGAUAAGAAAGUGCGUGUAUUCAAUCUUCUAAGACCUGAAGAAGCUGGUGAAGUAAUGAGUGGACAUACUUCUGCUGUAAAAAAGGCACUUUUCUUACAUGAUGAAAAAAUGAUUGUUAGUGCUGCUGAUGAUAAAACAGUGAGGUUUUGGGAUUUGACUUCUCUGCAAGAUGUAAAAAAGCUAGAAUUUGAUACCUCUCCGAGCAGCUUAGAAUUAUCGUCAAAUGGUGAAAUCUUGGUUAUCACACAUGGCCAUUCUGUUAGCUUUUACAAUGUCAAAAAAUUUGAAAAACUGAAAGAAUACAAUAUACCUUCUCAAGUUAAUAGUGCCUCACUUCAUCCUGAUCAGUCUGUUUUUGUAUGUGGUGGUGAUGAUUUUAAAAUGUAUAAAUUUGAUUAUGAAACAGGAACAGAAUUAGAAUCUUUUAAGGGACACUUUGGACCUGUUCAUUGUGUACAGUUUUCACCUGAUGGUGAACUCUACGCCAGUGGAAGCGAAGAUGGAACAUUGCGUCUCUGGCAGACAAUUGUAGGAAAAACUUAUGGAUUAUGGAAAUGUGUUAUGCCCGGUGAAUUAAAUACAAAUGAAGUUAUAGAUAUUGCUGCAGGAGAUGCAACAGUUGUUAAAGCUGAAGGAUAAUUCUUGAGUUUUUGUGCAGAUGUGUUUGAAAGAACUCGGGGACCAUGCCAAAUAUGUUUGCAAAGUUUGUCUUCUGUCAUUUACAUUUUCUGUAAAAAACAAAAAGUAAUAUUAGAAAUGGAGAUAUUUAUUAUUUUAUUAAUUUUGGCAUCAAACCUGUGCCAAAAGCUUUUAGCUUUCCAUCCAGAAGUGCUGAAUAGUUUAUGGUGUACCAGAAACUAUAUUGUAAAGAAAAGUGAUGAAGCAAACAUUUAAAUAAAUUUUUUAUGGAGUUAA